AUGAGGAUUAUAGCAAUACUAUGGACAGUGUAUUUGGUAGGAGUAUGUAACUGUGGAGAUGAUACUAAUGUUACAAAAGAUGUGUUAAAGGGUACAGAGGAUAAUGUAACUAAUCCAGGCCAGUCUGAUCAGCAUACUUCCUUGACUUCCAAAGUAGACACUUCCUUAUUUGAUGUAGAAGAAGGUGAAGAAGAAAGUGUUAAGAUUCUUAAACUCACUCCUAAAGAUGAUAAGGUAACUAAAGUCAACUAUGAUAAUAAGCAGAUAUGGUCUGGUAGUAAGACGUUUGGUACAUCAUCAAACCUUGUGGAUGCUCUUGUAUACUUUGAUGAGGAGACUCCAGCGUUCGUUACCAUCCAGACCAUUAAAGGAGGUAAAGAAUCCACGGUUUAUAGAUACCGUGAUGGUAAGCAAUGGAAGGAUUCCAAAGAGGAAGAACAUAAGAAGCUACUUGAUGCUCUAAAGGAGAAGUAUAAACUUGGCGACCCUGUUACUCUUGACCUUUCUAACCCUGAUGAGACAAAGUUAGAUGUGCAUACAGAAAAUGAGUCCGAAGUGUCAUUUAAAGAGUAUACUCCAAAGAAUUGCUAUCAUAUCUCCUCUGUUAUGAAUGCUGAUAAUGAACUAUGGAGAGCAACUGAAGGAACCAAUGAGAAGUGCCUAUUAGCUGAGUGUUAUGAAAAGGGUGACAUAACAAUUCUUUACCUGGAGACUGAUGAUGGUAAUAACAAUCAGUCCAAGUACUUUUGGAAAGUUGGUACUGAAUGGAAAAGUAUUGACAAGAAAGAAUUUAACGAUAAGGGAGAGGUGAUGAUUGGAGAAUCGGGAAGAGAUGCUUCUCUAAAUAUUGCUCAUCCUAAUAGACUACUGCACAAAUCCUUCAACUAUUACUAUGAUGACAAUCUGAUUCAACUCAUCGUUCCCAAGAAGAAUGUUAGCGUCUCUAAGCUCAUGAACAGUCUAGAAAAUGUUUAUACUCGUUCCUCUGGAGAAACACUUGAUCAUGUUAAAGUGUACCUCAAUAAGGAAGGUAAAGCAGAGCUUGUUAUUGUUGUAAGCAACUUUUCUUCAGAUAUAAAAUACAACUACUUUGCAAAGAAUGGAACGAAGUGGGAAUGUACACUAGACUAUUUUGAAAAGCUGAAGUCUCUAAAGGUUGUUUCAUCCAGCAAAACUGACAUCUCCAUUGAUUUAGAGAGAGAAGAGGACACAGAUGAAUGUAGAGUAGUUAAUGUUGAACCGCUGUAUGUACCAACACGUUUUCAUUUGCCAAAGCCAGGGUACCUUGUCAAGGAAGUAACAAAUGGUGAAGAUGCCAUAUGGACUGCCACUGGAGAAGAGAGAUGUACAUCUUGUGCUAUAUACUCCAAGAAUGAUGUCCAUCUACUCGCUCUUUUUAUAAAGGAUGGAGAAAAUUAUGAUCAUAAACACUUUGAAAAGAAUGGCAGUAACUGGAAGGAGAUAAGUAAGGAUGAGUUGGACAAUCAAUACAAGAAUAUGAAAGAUGCAGCUGUUAGGAGCUCCUAA